GUCACUCUCACGAUUAGGACGAAUCUUACGACCCCUCACAUACAUACAUACAUACACUCGAAAAACAUAACCCUCCUUCUGGCGCAGUCGGGUAAAAACAACUUCUCAUUUCGGCAGUACACUCUCGCCGAGAGACCACGAGAUAGGCCGAGUUUACAGGGAGCUCUCGCUACCUCUCGGUGUGUCUCGCUAUCGCUCGCUCGCUCUUGGUCCCGUUUGCGCACGUAUACCUGUCUCAUGCGUGAGUGAGACAUUCGGGUUGGUUCGGGCGAGAGCUAGAGAGAGAACAAAAUAGAAAUAUAUAUAUCUGUCACAGUCAUUCUCAUUCAUUCGUUGUUGAUUUUAAUUUUGAACGCGCAUUUCUAGCUUAGGCCUUGGUGUCACAGGGUGUCACCUGGCGUUGGUUUGUGUUCGUUACUCAGCGUGUCCAGAGAGUUGGCGGCGGUCGUAAACAGAAAAUUAGCGUUUAGAAAACGACAAAAACCUGAUUUUGAGAAGAAUCAUCAUGAAACGUUCAAAGAGUGUGAGUCCGGGUGGUGCACGACGCGGCGGCGUGCGCAGACGAGGUGGCAGUAGUGGUGAUGGCAGGUCUGGCCAAGGCGAGCGGGGCGCUUCUGCUGCUGGACCUGGAAGAGGCACGGCGAGACCUUCCCUUUCAGAACCUCUUCAGACAAUGAUGAUAGAAGAUGCGCCUAAGGGUAGAGCGUUGGAGCGUCCUCUACAUCCCAGGAAAAGAAGGUCAAGAUGUCCCUCAGUACUGAUCGCUGACGCAAAAUCGAUGAAGAAGUCUAUUGGUGUGGAUGAUGCUGGGUCAUCAUCACCAAACAUAAAUAGUGAGCCUAUCGUUGCGACGACGCCGUCUCCGAAGCCAUCUGAAGUGGUGCUGGUAGUGCCCUCGGCAACACCAAGCGAACUGAUGGUUCCCACAUCCGAAUUUUUGAUGUUUCUUACGUCCUUAGAUUUAGAAACCUCGUCAUCGGCAAUAAAUAGUGAGCCUAUCGUUGCAACGAAGCCGUCUCCGGAGUCAUGUGAAGUGGUGCUAGAGCUGGUAGUGACUCCGCAAACACCAAGCGAGCUGUUGGUUGCCACGUCCGAGUCUUCAGUGACUUCAUCGUCGGUAUUAGACGUAGAAAGUGGUGGGAGUGGAACAUCCACCCCUCGGAAAACGGGAGGUGGAUCAUCCACGCCAAGGGCGACAAGAGCUACCAAACAUCGUAUCCAGCUACUACAGGACCAGGAUCAGGAGCAAAAGAGUAUAGAGCACCUAUUCUAUGGUAGCAGUGACGAAGAAGACGCGGAAGAUGAUGAGGACACCGUACAGCUACCUAUCCCGCGAACGGUUCGAGUGUUUCUCGAGGACGAAGAUGACGAAGAAGGAACCGUCCCAGCGAACCUGAAUUUCGCAUGGCCGCCUCCACCCCCGACUUCAGGAUCCGUAGAGCCCGCCACGACACCUGAGGAUCAGUCAGCGGCCCCAUUACCUGACCCAUUAGCAACAUCAAACAUAGAUAAGUUUGACUUCCAGUGGAGAGCGUUCCCACAACCCCAAAUCGAACCAGAGGUAAGGAGGGAACCGUUUUCCAACAUUAUGUGUGGAGCCACUACUUCAUUUGCCACUCCAUAUGACGCAUUCAUCGCCAUUUGGGAUCGGCAAAUCAUGGAGCACAUUGCUGUGGAGACAAACCGAUAUGCCCAACAGCUUGCGGCGAUUAUGAUCCAGUCCAACACUUUGUAUCCUCAGAGUAGGAUCACAAAAUGGGUGGACACGACGGUGGAUGAACUCUACGUGUAUUUCGCAAUAAUCCUAGCCACUGGGAUUGUAGUGAAAACACGUCUUGAAGAGUACUGGAAUGGUACACGUGACGUUUUCAUUACUCCAGAGUUCACCACGGCGAUGUUUCUUGAUCGCUUCUUGCUGUUGAGCAGGUGUCUUCACUUUCAAAAUAACGAGACUUUCAAACCCGCUUCAUUUACCCGCAGUCAGGCAAAAUUAUUUAAGUUGCAGCCUGUUCUAGAUCACCUCAAUCACAAAUUCUCAAAUUUAUACAAUAUGGAUCAAAAUAUAGCACUAGACGAAAGUUUGACUAUGUGGAAGGGUUGGUUGGAUAUAAAUCAGUUCAUCAAUAACAAAGCCGCAGCAGUCGGCAUCAAAACGUACGAGAUUUGUGAGUCCAAGUCCGGAUACUUGUGGCGUUUCGAGGUCCACACAAGACACGAAGAGUGCUCAAACGCACAAGCCUCUCCGGUUUCUGGAGUCAUACCCGCAUUAGUCCUACGGCUAUUAAAGGGCCUCGAACACAGAGGCCAUACAGUAUGGAUGGACAACUUUUAUAAUUCUCCUGCACUCGCGCGGGAAUUAAAGUGCCGUGGGUUCGACUGCGCAGGGACGCUACGGACCAACCGUCAGUUAGUUCCCAGGGAACUGACAAAUGGGAAAAUGGCUAUCAAUCAGCUGUGUGGCUGCACUUCAGGGGAUGUGGAUCUCAUAGUUUGGCGAGAUAAGAAAUACGUAUCUCUUAUCUCGACAUACCAUGGGCUAGCAACUGUGAAGUGUGGUGGCAUACUGAAGCCCACGGUGGUAUCUGAUUACAAUAUCUGCAUGGGGGGGGUCGAUCGCAAGGACCAAAUGUUAUCCGUGUACCCCCUAGAAAGAAAGCGGACGGCCGUCUGGUACAAGAAGUUUUUCAGACGGCUACUGAAUGUAAGCACAUUAAAUGCCUACAUACUAUUCAAAUCUGAACAUACAACUACUCACCGAAAUUUUCGUAAAACUUUAGUGAAUGAGUUAAUAUCACGGCAUUCUCCACAAACCAGAACCAGGCCUUCGCCCAUAAAUACAGACAGUAAACCAGUCAGUGACCCACAAGUUUUCGAGCACUACCCGAAACAGUACGUCUUGGCCGAGCACAAUAAAAGCGGCCACCGAUACCGGCGCAACUGCGUCGAAUGCGAAAAGCGCGUCACAACGUACUGCUACGGGUGCAAUAAAGCGCUUUGCACUUUCACGUGUUUCGGGCCUUAUCACAAAAAACUUUACAAGGACACUCAAAAAGUGACCAAAAAGAAGGAGUAGACUGUAGAGUAGACUGCGUGAACUGGUACCCAAGCAAUUUCUUCAGAAAUUGGUUCAGAAUACUUAGAGAGUAAACAUACAAAAAGUCCCCACCUCUAUCGGGGGCGGAGUGGAGGGAGAGGGUUAGAGCACAGAAUCUAAAUAAUAAUAUAUUAUGUUACAGUCAAAACUCAUAAUAGGUCAAAACCACUUUUGACUGCAACUGCACUUUUAACCGAUGGCCUUUUGAUGACUGGAAAAAUCAGUCAAAAGUGGUUUUAACCAAGAAUGUUAGUCAAAACCACUUUUGAGUGCAAAACAUUUUAUUUAACUAACUGACCGAACAAAUUAAUAAUCCUACCUUUAAUAAUAAUCCUACCUGACGAAUACCUGGCAGCAUUAUGUACUAUUGUACCAAAGUUAGGUGUGAUCAUUUUGUAUGCACAAUCACAAAAAUUUUACACUUUAAAAUUAUUUUUAACACAUGUUUAAUGAUUCCCAUAUACCUAGGUAAUUUUCACUAAUCAUGACACUAUUUAUGAAUUUUGACUGAUUGGUAAAGUUUUCAAUCAGGCAAAACCACUUUUAGCAGAUUUUUUGUACUUAGAAGUUGUUUUGACUGCAACAUACAUAUGUAUAACAUAAAUCAAAGGUGACUGAUUGACUGAUAUAGUGAUCCAUCAACGCACAGCCCAAACCACUGGACGGAUCGGGCUGAUAUUAAAAAUUUGGUAUGCAAGUAGAUGUUAUGACGUAGGCAUCCGCUAAGAAUUUUACGAAACUCCAUCCCUAAGGGGGUAAAACGGGAUCCACGCAUACGAACUACGAAGUCGCGGCCGGCCACUAGUACCUACGUAAUAAUAAUAUAGAGUUGAGUGAGUUUUUUGCUAGUAAAGGGUGUCCCAAAAUUAACGAAACUUUUUGCUACAAUUUAUUCAAUAAAGUGUUGACAACCCUAAAAAUAAAACAAAUAGACAGCUGAAAGUUUAGGGUUACAAAAAAUGUAGCGUUAGGUACACAAUAGAACAACCUGUCUUCGUCCGCAAUUCGAAAAUUUCAUACAAAAUAUGGUCGAAAUAGUGAUUUAACUUCGUGAAUUGUGAAAAGAUUGAGAAUUGAGAAAUUCCUGGAGACAGGAUCUGUUGGAGACGUCAAACACACUGUUCUUCCAAAAUCAAGUCGUUAAAAUGUCAAUAUCGAAGCAGUGCGUGAGUAUCGGUGACAAUUAAUCCAGGAAUCUCAAAUCGGCGUCGUGGACAAGAUGUUGUGAUUUAACACCAUUAGAUUUCUUUUUAUGGGGUUAU